UGGCCAGGAGAAGAUAACUCACCCUCGAUAGGUGAACUGAUCACACUGCACAGGUUGCGUUGGCUUCGCCACGUACUGCGUAUGCCAGUCGACCGACUUCCUCGAAGGGCUCUUUUCGCACAACCACGUGAAGGCAUGCUCAACUUGGAUGUUAGUAGUGAUGAGCUAACCAAAGUUAUCCUGUCCUCUGCACCCAUGGACUUGCAGUCACUGAACAUGUCAAUUACAAUCCAAGAGGAAGCUUUCGAAGUUGUGGAACGUUUUACUGUGACAGAUGAGGUGAAUGCACAAAUAUGCAAGGCUAAUUUGAGGCACCUAUGCUGCCAAACUGAUGUAUCUCUGAAUCGCAAGGGACUUGUGUAUCAAGCUACGGUGCGGAUUGUUUGGUUGUGUGGCUGUGAGACUUGA